GUUCCCGACGAUGUCGCCGCGAAUAAGUGAGCUCUACGGGGCCAGUAACGGUGCGUUCCGUGUAGGAGAGGCGGAUGCUUACGCUCAGGACCUAGACGAGCUCGAGCGUGAAGAGCGAGCGCUGGAAAAUAUGGUUCAGGAGCUGGUGAACCGAAAAGCCGCAGUUCCUAUUGGCGCCAAAUUUCACCGUGAAGGCACCGGCAACGUGGCGCAGCAGGUGGCGACAGGUGCUGACAGUUUCAGAGACAGUGAUGUGCCUCUGGAUCCGGAUACUCAGCUCGUACGGUCGAGUUCGUCUGAAGAAGAGCUUGAAGAAGAAAUGGACGAAGACGAAAUGAUGGACGAGGACGACUCCGAAGAGGAGACGACAGGUAGGGCGACCAUUGUGCGGGUAGAAAGACAGCAGAGAGACGAAGACCCGUUCACCCGGGAUAUCGAUUCAGGAGAUGACUCAAUGGAGAUGGAGGAGGAGCUGCCACCUCCAAGCAACUGGCAUUGACAGCCGACUCAACUUGGAAACUUCUUACUUACUAAGUACUUUGUUUUAAUUAGGCUUUUGCAAGCUUGCUCUCUUAGUACACGUCACGUACCAGGCCAAUGUAGAUCGCGGCGAGUCAAAAUUGGGGGAAAAUCGAGUCACAAGCUCCAGUUGCCACAGCUUUAUCUUCCGCUCACAGAGCUAACGUCGUGUUCCUGCAAUGCGGAGCUCCUGCUGUUUUCGAGCUCGCCUUCGUCCUCGUCGUUGGGUGGGAUAUCGCCGCGACACACCUCAGCAAAGUUGUGAGCGCAGCCGCCGUCAAACGGGUUGUAGAACUCGUCCAGUGGCGUCUUCAAAUACGGAUAUUUGUCCUUGUUGAACACUUCGUUGGUUGUCAAAUUACGACUCACGUUGCGUAGCUGGAUCAUCAGCAACGUGGCCGUUGGCAAGCCGAAGACCGUCGCACAGACCAGCAAGAAGCCGUGGAUACCGUGCAGCAACAACGUCGAUGACUCCGAGCGUGCCCAGUCAGGUGGUUGCAGCCAUUGCCACGGCCACGGUGCAGUGUCUUCAACGCUAGAAGCAGGUGGAUGCAACGGCAGAUGACCGAGUAGAAUGCUCAGUGAUAUAAAGCCGAUAGCAAAGCAGAAGCCUGAAAGUGUAACCAGGAAGAUGAGGAAACUGCGGUGAUUGCCAAUGCCCACACAGUUGUUAAUCCAUGGACAGUGGUGAUCGAAGCGAUACACGCAGCGUCGACAGGCCGAGCAAUGUUUCGAACGCUGGGGCUUCCG